UUGACUGUAGACCUUUUAUUAGGAGCAACCCAGGUGGGAGGUCGUCAUUACUCGCAGUUCCUGGACUGUGUUGGUUUGACGUGGAGGAAAAUGCAUUUAAAAGCCGAGGAUGUUUCUCUGUUUGUGACACGGAACUAACUGCUGACAUUUCUCCUUCCUGUCUGCAUGUAAUUCCUCCAGCUUUUGUUUCACUUUCACUCUUGACAAACUGCGAGCAGAAGACGAAACGGCAAGGUGGAAGAAUUGUACCUUUUUUUAAAUGAUAUGUAAAUGAUCCGUGUUAGAGCUGUGAGAGGAUUUCCUGUUUUCCUGGCCACCAUGUUUCCUCUCCUGCUGGUGCUCGUUGUUUCCAUUCCUCUUUCAUCUGGAGCUCAGAUCCCAAAUCAAGGUCAAGUCAAAGAUCUCCCUGUGGCCACUAACGGCGAGCCCUUUCCCUGGGACCGCAUGAGACUUCCCAUAACCAUCAGCCCCCUGCACUACGACCUGACCAUCCACCCCAACCUCACUACCCUGGACUUCACCGGGGUGGUUCGCAUCAGUCUGGAUGUGCAAGAGGACACCAGCACCGUUGUUCUCCAUGCCAAGCAAAUGCACAUAUCCAAUGUGGUGCUCCUGGCCCCUGAGGGCAUCAGGCCCCUCCGUGUGUUGGAGUACCCCCGUUUCCAUCAGCUUGCUCUGCUUUCAGAUUCGGUCCUGACCAAGGGCAGAAAGUACGAGGUCCAGCUGGAGUUUGCUGCAAACUUAUCGGACAGUUUUCACGGUUUUUACAAAGGCAGCUACCGCACCAGCAGUGGGGAGGUCCGGGCCAUAGCAUCUACGCAGUUUGAGGCGACCUUUGCUCGUGGAGCCUUCCCCUGUUUUGAUGAGCCUGCCUUCAAAGCCAACUUCACCAUACGGAUCAUACGAGAGCCUCGUCACAUAGCCAUUUCCAACAUGCCCAAGGUUAAAACUGUGGAGCUGCCGGGUGGUUUGCUUGAGGAUCACUUCGACACAACUGUAAAAAUGAGCACUUACCUGGUGGCCUACAUCGUCUCUGACUUCCUGUCUGUGAGCAAAACAACUAAUCAUGGAGUUAAGAUUUCUGUCUAUGCUGUCCCUGAGAAGAUUGAUCAGACAGCCUUUGCUUUGGAUGCUGCAGUGAAGUUGUUAGACUUCUAUGAUGAUUACUUUGAUAUCCCAUAUCCACUUCCCAAACAGGACCUGGCUGCUAUCCCAGACUUCCAGUCGGGUGCGAUGGAGAACUGGGGUCUGACCACUUACAGAGAAACUGGCCUCCUCUUUGAUCCUGACAGGUCCUCUGCCUCAGACAAACUGGGCAUCACCAAGGUUAUUGCCCAUGAGCUUGCACAUCAGUGGUUUGGGAACCUGGUGACGAUGGAGUGGUGGAAUGACUUGUGGCUCAAUGAAGGUUUUGCCAAGUUUAUGGAGUUUAUUUCCCUCGACAUCACCUACCCAGAGCUCCACGUGGAUGACUUCUUCUUGGGCAAGUGUUUUGAAGCCAUGGAGGUAGACUCUCUGACCUCCUCUCACCCAGUCUCUACACCGGUGGAAAACCCCACGCAGAUCCAGGAAAUGUUUGAUGAUGUGUCUUAUGACAAGGGGGCGUGCAUUUUGAACAUGCUGCGGGACUUCCUGGGUCCUGAAGCUUUUGAGAUCGGCAUCAUCCGAUACCUAAAGCGCUACAGCUACCAGAACACUGUGAACAGCCACCUGUGGGAGAGCCUGACUGAUAUCUGCAGCUCAGACGCUUUGAAUGAAGGCCGAAUGAAACACACAGAAUUCUGCUCUAAACACAAACUCCAGUCUGGAUCCUCUAAGUGGUACUCUGAUGAUGAGCUGGAUGUCAGGGCUAUCAUGGACACCUGGACGCUGCAGGAGGGCUUCCCACUGGUCACUGUAGAGGUCAAAGGUCGGGAGAUCAGGCUCAGUCAGGAGAGGUUCCUGAGAACAGACAAUCCCUCGCUCACUGAAGGAUUCCUGUGGCAGAUCCCACUAACGUACAUGACCAGUGCCUCCAACACAGUUCACCGUUUCCUCCUCAAGACAAAGACUGAUGUCCUCUACCUGCCAGAGGACGUGGACUGGGUGAAAUUUAAUGUCAACAUGAGUGGCUACUACAUGGUCCACUAUGCAGGGGAGGGUUGGAACUCCAUCAUCAAACUGCUGCAGUACAACCACACGGCCAUCUCUGGCAACGAUCGGGCCAGCCUCAUCCAGAACGUCUUCCAGCUGGUCAGUGUUGGGAAGGUGAGGCUGGAUACGGCCCUGGAGCUGUCUCUUUAUCUUUCCAAAGAGACUGAGAUCAUGGCUGUGACCCAGGGUUUUGGAGAGCUCGUACCUCUUUACAAAUUGAUGGAGAAGAGAGACAUGACUGUGCUGGAGAACCAGAUGAAAGGUUAUAUCGUGGAUCUGUUCCGGAAUCUGAUUGAUCGGCAAGAGUGGAGUGACUCCGGUUCGGUGUCUGAGCGAGUUCUGAGGAGUUACCUGCUGUUGUUCGCCUGUGUCAGGAACCAUCCUCCCUGCGUAGCCAAAGCCACUCAGCUAUUUAACCAGUGGAAGGAUUCAGAUGGCACCAUGAGCCUCCCUGUUGACAUCACUAUGGCUGUGUUUGUGAUUGGAGCACGGUCACCAGAGGGGUGGGACUUCCUGUUUGAGAAGUACCGCACUUCUCUGCAGAUGUCCGUCAAGAGCCGCAUCAAGUCUGCCAUGACUGUCACCUAUCUGCAGGACAAACUCGAGUGGAUGAUGGAGCAGAGUCUGCAUGGUGAGGUGAUGAAGACCCAGGACCUCCCAGAUGUGGUUGUCUCUGUUGGAAGGAACGCUCAUGGUUACAAACUGGCCUGGGACUUCCUCCGAGCUAACUGGCACACCCUGAUCAAGAAGUUUGACCUCGGCUCUCACUCUGUAUCCUACAUGGUGAUUGGCGUGACCAACCAGUACUCUACCAGGGAGAUGCUUCAAGAGAUACGGAGCUUCUUCAACUCGCUGACAGAGGAAACGGGGUCAAAAAUGAGGUGCAUCCAGCAGACCUAUGAGACUAUUGAGGAUAACAUCCGCUGGAUGGACACCAACCUUCCUCUGCUACAGGCUUGGCUGAACAAGCACCAACUCAGAAGACCUCAUGAAGAUUUAUAGUCCUGGGGGACUUUUUCUUACCCCUGUUUGAGCCAAUUUUGGUUUCUGGACCAGUGUUGGAGCCAAAUUAGAUUUUUAUUAAACCAUUUAAGGUGGCUUGGUUGGUUCUUUAAAACUUUGGCAACAGAUUCUGCCCGAGUCAAGAUUGAAGAGUAGACUAAGAGCCAAUACUCUUGGUUCCAAACCAGUACUGGAAUCACAUUGAUGAAAACAGGGUAAGUGUCAUUACAUUAUGUAAGCCGAUGCCGGAUGUGAGUCGCUCAUGCACACAGUUUAAAUUGCACUACCUUCCUCCGACCUUAGCAGUUGCAGAUAUAGAGGAGCUAAAUAUAUUGUCCACUGGUUCCAUCUGAUGUCAGUCACUGCCUGAUGCAAGACUGUCCACUCAGAGAGUACUUUCUGCCCAAUGCCAGCAGUCCUUUGAGGUCAAAAGGUCAAAGCUCACCCAGAAAGCUAAAAAGUUUAAUCAGUGUUUUAUUAAAUGUAUAAACUAUAACAAGUAAAAACUAGGAAAAAAAAUAAUGAACAUGAAAUGUUACUAAUGGCUACACAGUCCUCCAUGGAGCCAUUGAGAAUAUAUGCCCAUUUAUGAGUUACUCACAUCAGGCAGAUGCUUCCAUCUUGUAACGACAAAAUUUAAAACGACAAAUUAAAAAGCACAGAGUGGGGGCGCCGCCCGUGCCGUAGUGGUAGAGCGCGAGACCCAUUUACAGAGGCCUCAGUCCUCGAUGCAGCGGUCCCGGGUUGUAGUCCUAACCCCACGGGGCCUAUGCUGCAUGUCCUCCCUCUCUUUCCGCCCCACUUCCUGUCUGUCUACUUUGGAAAAAUAACAAAAAUAAAGGCCACUAGUGCUGCAAAAAACAGAAAAAGAAAGAGUGCUGUGGACUCAGUUUAUGAAUGAGAUCAUUUUAUUCUCAGUGACAACUCCCAAAUAUUUGCAUUAAAAAAAUCCUGACUAAAAGACAUAGCUCUUGAUUUUUGAAAAUGUUAUUUAUUUUCAAAUAUACUAAAAUAUCAUCCUCAAAUACAAUAACUUUGUUUUAGACUUCUCUAAAGCACAACCAAACACUUCACAAAUGGGAGCUUUUCCCAACUAGCCAUGUAUACUUGUUUUCUGUAAGGAAUAAAAAUACUUCAUAUAAAAUUCACCAUACUUGAGAAAUAACAGUUCUUAACUUAAAUAGAGGUAACUUGCUUGGAAUAUUUAAUAAAGUGUUAUUUGCCUAAAUAUUUCAGCUCAGAGUUGCCUGUAUUAGUUUCUGAGUGUGUGUUUUGGUAUAUAAGUGUGUGUUUAGGGUGUAGGGGUUUUGGUGGUGUUCAUUUUUAACUGCUGUGAAGUUGUGCUUUUGUAAAGUAAAUUUGGCUUUAAGCUGCAUUAUCACAGCGGAAAGUGACAACAUGCUGUGAAUAAUGCAUUGUAAAAAGAAAUGCACUGUGCAACAAAUUCUUGACAAUUUCAAUGUAUUUUUGUUUUAGCAGAGCGUUUCUCACUUAAGGUACCACACAAAAGAAGUGAAAGGGUGAAGAUUGUAGAUUUUUUCCUAGAAGAAACCAAAAUGAAUCUAUACUUUUUGUCUUCAGUAUACAGAAUUAAAAUAAAAAAAUAAACAAAUAUUGGAACCAAAAUUGACCUAAAUACAGAAACAUAUAUAUAUAUAAUUUUGUUUGAUUACAUCACAAAACAUUUUUCCAUAAUUUGCUGAAACUUUCACUAUUCAGAUCAAGUCAAAACAUGGGACUUCAUUUGGGUUGUUGAUCUUUUUUCAACAUUUAUGACUUGAGUAAGUGACAAAAUAUUAUGUGGAAAAGGCAUUAGGGAUUUUUUUUUUUUUAUUAUUUAAAAGCGGUACUAGGUGAAGUUCUUAGCAGUCAUUGUCUUAUAUGUAGUAGUCUGCUAACAUGCUCUCAUUUUUAAGAAAGACAGUAAAGUUCAAGUCAUCUUAAAAAAAUACAGUUCAAUUUAGCUUUAUAGUGUCAUGAUUCUGUCAUGUGUAAAAAAAAUUAUUAAAUGCAAUUUGGAAAGAAUAAAGUUUGUGUCAUAUUCA